CGUGCAUAUUUCUGUACUUUCAUUGUUUACAUAACAUGCUAACAGUGUGAGACGGCCGAUGCAUCUCUGUAAGAAAUAUGCCUACCGUUAGGCCCUAGAUCGACAUGUCCUCCUUUGACUAAUAUCAGCAUAAGUUGUCAUGUACAUAUAUUUCCUGACAUGGAGACUUCAUAGUCUUAACAUUCUAACUGCAGGGUGUUUAAUGUCAUUCUCGAACUACCGGUUUCUGUUCCAAACAAUAUGGGGACUCUGGGUCAAAGGGCAUUAAGUGUGUAAUGUUUUAGACGAAGUCGGUGACAAGAUUUUCCGCAUCUGGUUAAAAGCACUGAUUUAUUUAUUUAUUUAUUCAUUUAUAUAAUUAUUUUUUCUCUCGAAUAUCUGGAAGGGUAUGUAAUCAUAUACUCUAGUAAAUGAUAAUUAUUAUCAAUACAAGUUUCCACUACCAUGCUUGGAAGUUUCCUUGAUGUAAACCAUCGAUCUGCAGUAGGCGCUGACGGUCAGUCUAUUUACUAACUAUAAAUUAUGUAGUAAAUGUAGCCCGUAAUGGUAACAUAAAGGAGAAUUAACUAACUCGAAUGAUAUGAGUACAAAUCAAUCAUAGCUCGUGAUAGACAGUCUAAUAGUCCUUACGCAGUAUUUAUGUUGUCUAACUAUUUAUCAAAUCGAUUACUUUUGUAACUGCUUGAUUAUCCUUGUUACUGAGAGCUGCAAUCGAUUUAUGACGUCACAGAAAUAUGAAACUUUAACGCUGAUAGAAAUCACGAAUGCAAAACAAUGUAUAUAUCUGCAGAGGUAUGAAGUGGAACAAAAUAAGAAAAAACGAAAACAAACAAACAAACAAAAACAAAAAACCGGCAAGUCAGUCAGCUGCUAUAUCAAAAUUAAUUAGUCCGAACAGUAAAUAUGAGGAAGGCAGCUUUAGUUGUAGGCGCCUCACGGGGGAUCGGGAGGCAGAUCGCUCUGUCAUUGUCAAAAAAUCGCUACGGUGUGGGCGUGGCAUCAAAGACUGAGACAUCCACCGAAACACUUCCUGGUUCUAUUUACACAGUGGCGGCGGAAAUCGAGGCCGAAGGGGGUAGGGCUGAACCUAUGGUCUGUAACACACGGUCCGAGGAAGAUAUCAAGGAAGCUGUCCAAAAGUGCAUUAAAGAGUUUGGCAGGUUAGAUGUAGCCGUUUAUAACGCUGGGUCAAUCACAUGGGAUAAAGUGAUCAACACAAAAACCAAAAAAUAUGACCUGAUGAAUGAAGUGAAUGCACGAGGAGCUUACAUCAUGGUACAGGAAGUCCUCCCACAUUUCCUGGAACAGAAAUCCGGCAAAAUUAUACUGGUGUCGCCGCCAAUAUACAAUAGAUUCUUUAAAGGGAAGACACCGUAUUCCAUGUCGAAAGUAGCCAUGACAGUCCUUGUCCACGGACUGGCAAACGAACUCCAAGGGACAGGGGUUUCAAUUAGUGCUUUGUGGCCGGCAACAGUCAUCAGAAGUCACGUGACUGAUAAGUUAAAGGUACCCCUGAAACUCAUGAGGACACCUGACAUAUUUGCUGACGCGGUAGUAAAAAUUGCCGGCGAUCCGACUGAAAAGCUGAAUGGCCAGGCGUUGAUAGACGAGGAUUACCUGAGGACAACAGGUGUGUCUGAUUUCUCCAUGUACAGGUGUGACAGUGACCACGAACCUUCUCGCAUGAUGCCCCAAAGAUUCCCCUCCCUCUUGGUUGAGGAGGAGGACCAGAACGUACCACUUUCAGCAGCACAAGAAAAUACAAACAGCGAUAUAAAUAGUAAACUAUGAA